AUGGUUCAAAUUUGGCAAAUGGAGCCCUAUCCAUGUGGUGAUCCGCGACUACCGCACCAUGUGUUUCCGCCGAAGAUGAUCACCCCAGAUGAACUGUCCCGAAGAACAGGCACACUUUACUGGAAGCUCGACACAUUGGAUCAAGUAGCUCUUUCGAAGAGAGUGAAGCUAUUGAAGAUGGAACGAAAUUUCAACAAAGAGGACAUUUUCACUCUUGACGCUGAAACAACGGCCAACUUUAGAGAUAAGAUUGACGAGCUGUUCGAGGAAUCGAACCAUCCCGAAGAUCAGGCAAGGAUGAUAAUCGAAGGAUCCGCUUACUAUGAUGUGGAGGAUAAGAAUGGCGAUUGGGUGCGCAUUUUGUGCGAGUUUGGCGACCUCAUCCUAAUACCCGCUAAUACGUCGUUCCGCUUCACUACUACGCCUCAGGUGAGCAGAGAAUUUCUCUUCCUUGCCAUCGUAACCCUUCUUUAUUUAUAUUCUGAAGUGCAAUUGGAUAACGAUUACUUCCUGAAUGUCCUUUUCUUCCAGAAUUUUGUCAAAAUGCGUAGAUUCUACAAGGAAGGCGACGAAUAG